CUUAAUUCUCUCUCCUGAUUUCGAGUUGUCUUUCAUGUUCACCCUGCUUUGGUCCUUUCACCUUUGUAUUAGCUAUAUAGCUAUGUGCUCUUGUUCUUCGUUCUUGAUAAAAACACAAAAACAAUUUAGUAAGUAAGAAGCAUUGUUGCGUUUUCUUCCAAUUCCUGGCAGCUUACUUCCAAGCUCUCCCUUUUUGGCUCAUGGAGUCUCUAAGAUCAAAAUGCAAAACUCUCGCCAAUAGCAUAAACUGUUUCGCAUGCUGGAAGGGAAAAAGGCCUUUAGUUGUGGAAGUCGAUGAACCAUCAAAGGGACUCAAAAUCCAAGGUAAGGUUGUGAAGAAAGAUGGUGAUUCAUCGGACGAUUUCUGGAGCACAAGUACAUGUGAUAUAGACCACAAUAUCCCGAUCCGUUCCCAAUCAUCAAACCCGCCUUUUGAUUCCCGGUGCAGCACACGCAACUCUACCAAAUUUGUAAACCAUGGACUCAUUUUGUGGAACGAAACGAGACAACAAUGGCGUGAAUGCAGAACCAGACAACAAUGCCGAGUUCCAGAACCUGCGAUAAGCUGGAACUCGACGUAUGAUAGCUUAUUGAGCACAAACAAACUUUUUCCUCGCCCAGUACCUCUUAAGGAAAUGGUGCAUUUCCUUGUUGAUGUUUGGGAGGAAGAAGGCUUGUACAUAUGACACGUCAAAAAAAAAAAACCAAAUAAACAAAAUUUAAUUGCUUUUGUCAAGUUCCAUGUGUCUGUGUGUUUUUAUUUUAUUUUAUACAACGUAAGAUUUUAGUGUAAGUUAGUAGAAAUAUUCAUCGGAGAGAGGGUUAAAUUUUUAAAUAAAUUAAAAUACAUUAUGAAAGUUUAACUCAA